AUGACACGGCCGCGGGGAGAUGAUGACGAGGGUGAGGACAUGGGCGAAACCGCAGUUCACCCCGCAGUAGAGGGGGUAGUAAGGGGCGGAAAAACGGGCGGAGCAGGCGCAAACGGGGGGGACGGCGCAGGGACCGCGGGGAGGCUUCUGGCGAUGGCGGACGAGAGGGGGAACUCAGCGGGGGAGGCGGAAGAGGAGGCGGAAGAUGAGGGACUAAGUGAUGAUGAGAUGGAUAUAGACGAGUUGGAGAAGCGCGUUCAGAGGGACCAGUUUAAGUUGCAACGGUUGAAGGAAAUGCGGAAGGCUAAGGAGGAGGCUCAACGGGCACGGCAGAAGAAGCUGCAGGUAGUGAUUAUGCACCGCCACUUAGUCAAGGCAGCGGAGGGGAGUAUCGAUCGAACAGCGGUGGUGCUGGGGUGGAGCAAGCUGGUGGGUGGAGCAAGCUGUAGGCGCCAAGGGGAGGAGCGACGACUUGAAGCAGCGAUGCGCAAGCGCAUGGCACGAGCCCAAGACGGCAUUCUGAAGCACAUGCUGCGCAUGAUGGAGCUCUGCCACGCGCGCAGAGGCACAGAGGCGCAGAGGCGCAGAGGCACAGAGGCACAGAGGCACAGAGGCACGUGCAUAGACCUCCCUCCCUCUCCUCUUCCUUCUGCCCUGCCCACUCCAGGAACCAGCGAUGCGCAAGCUCUUUGCGCGCGCACAGGAUGGAAUCCUGAAGCACAUGCUGCGAAUGAUGGAGCUCUGCCACGCGCGCGGGUUCGUCUACGGCGUCAUUCCCGAGGCUACCUGUGUGCCUGUUGGAGCUUUGCCCCCACCAUCACGAAUGAUGGAGCGCUGCCACGCACGCGGGGGUUCGUGUAUCCCCUCACGCCUCUCUCCCUGCCCCUAUCCCUGCAGGAACCAGCAAUGCGAAAGCGCAUGGCGCGAGCACAAGACGGAAUCCUGAAGCACAUGCUGCGAAUGAUGGAGCUCUGCCACGCGCGCGGGUUCGUCUACGGCGUCAUUCCCGAGGCUGGCAAGCCGGUUGGGGGCAGCUCCGACAACCUCCGAGCCUGGUGGAAGGACAAGGUUCGGUUUGACAAGAACGGCCCGGCAGCUCUGGCCAAGUUUGAGGCGGAACGGGCGGCGGCCAUGGGGGGAGGCGCAGGGGGAGGGGAGGGCGGGGGAGGCGCAGGGGGACUGGCGCCCACUUGCAUGCCUCUACAUUCACUUCUGGAGUUGCAGGAUACUACGCUUGGUUCCCUGCUGUCUGCUCUCAUGCAGGUGCCCACGUGCAUGCCUCUGCACUCGCUGCUUGAGUUGCAGGAUACGACUCUUGGGUCGCUGCUGUCUGCUUUAAUCACUGCUCACCCCCCCAGCGCAACACUGCUCCCCCCCUCAGCGCAAGUUCCCCCUGGACAAGGGCGUAGCCCCCCCUUGGUGGCCGUCAGGCAACGAGCCCUGGUGGGGCGCUCUCUCCCUCUUCCACUCCUUUCGCCUUUAAAUCUCCCCCUGUCCUGCCUUAUCUGCUUCUUCCCAAUCCCAGCACUGCUCUCCCCCUCAGCGCAAGUUCCCCCUGGACAAGGGCGUAGCCCCCCCUUGGUGGCCGCCAGGCAACGAGCCCUGGUGGGGCGCUCUCUCCCUCUUCCACUCCUUUCGCCUUUAAAUCUCCCCCUGUCCUGCCUUAUCUGCUUCUUCCCAAUCCCAGCACUGCUCUCCCCCUCAGCGCAAGUUCCCCCUGGACAAGGGCGUAGCCCCCCCUUGGUGGCCGUCAGGCAACGAGCCCUGGUGGGGCGCUCUCUCCCUCUUCCACUCCUUUCGCCUUUAAAUCUCCCCCUGUCCUGCCUUAUCUGCUUCUUCCCAAUCCCAGCACUGCUCUCCCCCUCAGCGCAAGUUCCCCCUGGACAAGGGCGUAGCCCCCCCUUGGUGGCCGCCAGGCAACGAGCCCUGGUGGGCCGCUCUCUCCCUCUUCCACUCCUUUCGCCUUUAAAUCUCCCCCUGUCCUGCCUUAUCUGCUUCUUCCCAAUCCCAGCCCUGCUCUCCCCCUCAGCGCAAGUUCCCCCUGGACAAGGGCGUAGCCCCCCCUUGGUGGCCGCCAGGCAACGAGCCCUGGUGGGGCGCUCUCUCCCUCUUCCACUCCUUUCGCCUUUAAAUCUCCCCCUGUCCUGCCUUAUCUGCUUCUUCCCAAUCCCAGCACUGCUCUCCCCCUCAGCGCAAGUUCCCCCUGGACAAGGGCGUAGCCCCCCCUUGGUGGCCGUCAGGCAACGAGCCCUGCACUGCUCACCCCCUCAGCGCAAGUUCCCCCUGGACAAGGGCGUAGCCCCCCCUUGGUGGCCGUCAGGCAACGAGCCCUGGUGGGGCGCUCUCUCCCAGGGGCUGCUGAGCCCUCCACCUCUUCUCCUGCCUUGUCCUCUUCCUCACCUUCUCCACCCUUUUCCUCCUUCCCUUCCCCCUCUGUCGCCCCCAAACUUUCCCCUUCCCCCCCUUCCUCCAUCCCAGCACUGCUCCCCCCCUCAGCGCAAAUUCCCUCUAGACAAGGGCGUAGCCCCCCCCUGGUGGCCGUCAGGCAACGAGCCCUGGUGGGCCGCUCUCUCCCAGGGGCUCGGGCUGAAUCAAAUCACAAGCCCGGGCGGCGCGGGAGAGUCGGGACUGCCGCCCUACCGCAAGCCGCAUGAUCUGAAGAAGGUGGCCAAGGCGGCCGUGCUGGCGACGGUUAUUAAACACAUGCUGCCGGAUGUGGCUAAGAUAAGGCGACUCAUUCGCCAGAACAAGGGACUCCAGAAGGUGGCCAAGGCGGCCGUGCUGGCGACGGUGAUCAAACACAUGCUGCCGGAUGUGGCUAAGAUAAGGCGACUCAUUCGCCAGAACAAGGGACUCCAGGUAUGCACCUGCCUGCCUACGGGUAUUCUCUCUGUUCUCUGCUCUCUCAUAGACUCCAAGCCGCCUGAUCUGAAGAAGGUGGCCAAGGCGGCCGUGCUGGCGAUAGUGAUCAAACACAUGCUGCCGGAUGUGGCUAAGAUAAGGCGACUCAUUCGCCAGAACAAGGGACUCCAGGUCUUCACCGUGCUGGCGAGGCGACAGUCUUCACCGUGCUCUCACGGGGCGACAUUCUUCAAUGCCGCCUCCCCCCCUUCCUCAUUCCAUUUCCUUCCUCGUGUGUGUACCCUCUAUUGCACUCCCCGCUACCAGAACAAGAUGUCAGCACAGGAGACGAGCAUUUGGCUCGCAAUACUGAACAACGAAGAGCGAGCGGUCAAACUCCAAAACGGUGACCUAUCUACCGUUGCUGCUGGUACUGCUGGUGCUGCUGGUGCCGGUGUUGGUAAUGGGACCGGGCAGGAAAGAAUUUCCGGUGAGCUGCCCACGGGCAGGUCAGCGAACAGCUUGCAGCUUCUCGAGGGCAGUGGAGCUGCAACCAGCUCGGGCGGGCAGCAAAACGGGCAGAGAAAAACAGGAACCAGCGCUGCAGCAGCAGCAGGAGGAGGAGCAGCAGGAGGAGGAGAGGAGGAGGAUGGGGAUGAGUGGGAUAUAGAGGAGGACUAUGAUCCGUACAGCAGCGACGGGCAGCGGCAGAAGAAGAGGAGGCAGAGAAGAAUGGCAGGAGUAGGGGCAGGCGGAGGGGGAGGAGCGGGAGUGGGGGGAGUGGGGGGAGUGGGGGGAGUGGGGGGAGUGGCGGGGGUAGGGGCAGGGGGGAUGGCGGGAGUCGGGGGCGUAUGGGCAGGGGGAAUGGCAGGGGCGGGGGUGUCUGCUGCUGGUGGGGACGUUGGGGGGAUUGUUGAAGGGGGAGGAGGGGGAGGAGGGGGAGGGGGGAUGAUGAUGUUGUUGGGUGGGGGAGAGGAUGGGAGCAGGCAGCAAGGAGGGGCGAUGGUGGUUGUCCAGACUGCUGAGCUGGUCAGGGAGGUUCGGGACGGUGCUUGGCAGUUGAGUACGGUGCAGGACAGUUCUGUGCGGUUGAGUGCGGUGGCAGAUGGUGCUGGACAGGUGCAACCACAGGUGCAAUCGCAGGUGCAACCUCAGGUGGUGCAUUCACAGGCACCGGUGCAUAGUAGCAUGCAUUCUUCUUUGGCAUGGCAGUCACAAGCACAAGCAGCACAGUUUUCCCAAGCCUCUGCUUCAGGCAUGGUAAUGCCGAACCAGCAGCCGGGCCAGCAGAUGUACCAGCAGCCAUACCAGCUGCACCCGAACCAGCACCCAAACCAGCAUCCUAGUCAGCAGAAGCAUCAGCUAUUCCUGCCGUUGAUGCAGAUGCAAUCAAUGGCUGAUGAUGGUCCUGCAUAUGCCCACGCUGGUGCUUUUACUGCUCCCCCUCCUCACUCCUCCACACCCCCCUCCUCACUUCCCUCCUCACAUCCCUCCUCUCUCCCUCAUGCCACCUCUCAACCCCUGCUGGCCCCACACACUCGCCUCCUCCCUCCUCACCUCCACACUCACUCAAAUCCCUACUCCCAACACCACCUCAUACCCUCCCAGUCGCUUCCGAACCUCCCUGCCGAGCCUCCACCCCAAGGCUCGCCAAUGGUGCCGUACCAAGUGCCCCAGCCCAUGCUUCUAGGAGCGCCGCUCCUGAGCAACAGCUUUGGACCGGGAGGUCAUCCUGCAGGGCCUCAUCUCCCCGUACCUGCUCAUCCCGAACCUAUUCGUGCCGAACCUCGCAAUGAUGGGGGAAACAAUGGGGAAAGGGAGGUGGCUGGUGCUGCAUCCGGCGGCGUUACAUCCCGGGAAGAGGGGGUUUCACAAGCUGCUGUUGCUGCUGCUGACAGUGCAGCAGCGGCUGGGUUGGGAGCAGCAGUAGCAGCAGCGGCACGGGGAGCAGGAGCAUCAGGAAUGGGGGAGAGACAGCAGCAGCAGCAGCAGCACCACAACCACCAACAGCAGCAGCAGCAGCAGCAGCAGCAGCAGUAUGAACUGUCAGGGUCUGCAACUCAGCUCCUCGCAGCAACCCUGGGCGCUGCAACUCACACGUCACAACACUCUGCCUCCCAUCCUCCUGCUCCCUCACACACUCCCCUGCAGCACCCACACUCCCCCCUUCAGCACUCCCACUCCCCCCUGCAGCAUUCCCACACGUAUCCUGAUGCCAGGCGACCCAUUAUUGUCGUUCGCAGCCCAUCACAGGGUGCCACUCACUACCCUUCUCCUUCCAACCCUCCAUCCUCCCACAGUCAACCAGGAUCAACCCACCCCUCCCUCACCUCCCCCCACCCAUCUUCCUCCUCCCCCCGCCCCUCCUCCAUUUCCCCGCGCGCCUCCCUCACCCUUCCCCCCAACUUCCCCUUUCCUAACUCUCCCUUCCGCCCUUCCCCCCAGUUUCCCUUCCAACCCUCCCCCCAAUACCCCUUCCCACCUCCCUUCCACUCCUCCUCUGUUCCCCCUUCUUCCCCCAACCGUCCCCCCUCCCCAUUCUUCCACUCCCUCUCCCCCAACAAUCCUUCCCCUCACCACACUCCUCCCACGAAUUCCCCCAUUCGGCCCACUCUCUCCCCCCACAACCGCCACUCCCCCCGCCUCCACCUCUCUCCCGCCCAAGCCCUAGCCUACGCCCGAGCCUUUGCCCAAGCUCAAGCGCAGGCUCGGUCUCCAACCUCUGCCCGGGGACCUGCGCAGGCUCGGACCCAAGCUGAGGUCCUGGCUCAGUCCGAACCUGAGGCACAGGUUCGGGAGGUUCUGAACAGGGAGCAAUCCCAAGGGGGGUGUAGCAGGACCCACAGCCGAGCUUCGGCUGAGGAAGGGGGGAGUGGUAGGAGGGGAAGAGGAGGAGGAGGGGAGAGAGGAGGGGAGCGAGAGGAGGGGGGAGAGGAAGAAAUAGAGCCUUUACCUCCUGCGGCUUUAGAGAGGGGUAUGAGUUUUAACAGCAGGAGGAGGAGGGGAGUGAGGGAGGGAGGAGGGACGAGAGAGGGAGAAUCAGGAGAUCAGGGAAGACAGGUGGCAGCAACUGCUGGGAGAGUGGCAGGGGGAGAAGCAGGGGCGGGAGGAGGAGGGGAAGUGGCGGGAGCGGCAGAGGGAGAGGGGCAAUGGUCGUUACUGCACUUGGCUCAUGAUGUGAUGGGAGCAGUGGGAGGGGGUGGGCAUGACGUUGGGGGAGGAGGAGGGGUAGGGGAGGCGCAGGAGGGAGGAGAGCAGCAGGGGCAGCUGGAUGGGAUGAUGAUGGUGCAGAAUCUUCCGAUUCUGGACAACUUUGGAUUUGAUCCUUUCAUGGAUGAGGAUCUUAUUUGGUACUUUGGUGCCUAG